AUAACAAGUGUGGAAGUUUAUUUAGGCAUCUUGGUGAUAAUACAGGCUUCUUGGUGAUACUACAUGAAGAGAUUACAGGGUGGUCAGACUGACUCUGUGUAAGGUUAUAGAUGUAUGCUAUACUAUACAGGAUUUAGCUUGAUGUGUUAUUAAGAACUGAAGGAUUUGGGGACGUCAAAAACGACCGAAGAAUCUCAAAACGGACUGCAGCUUAGCGAUGGGUUUGCUUGUGACUUUGGUUAUGAAAUAUCUUCCACUGGUGCUCGGAUUCCUGAUCGGGAAGACGAUUAUAAAGCUGGUUUUACGGAGAUGGGAGCUGCAGAAGAUCUUUAAGGCAUUUUCAGGACCCAAGCCGCAUUUUCUAUGGGGGAACACGAAAGAGCUAUUCGGGGACUAUCAAGGUCUUGUGCGGAUGGCAGAGCUGGCGCAUGUUUACUCAGGGGCGUAUCCAGCAUGGACGGGACCGGCGGACGCCCAACUGGUGAUUGUAACAUCUGGUACCACAAGGGCUGUCCUGGCUGGAGCAGAUCCUAAAGAUGAAUUUUCAAACAGCCUCUUGGGUCCAUGGAUUGGCGAUGGUCUCCUGUUAAGCCACGGUAAGAAAUGGGAACGGACCAGACGGCUGCUGACUCCUGCCUUUCACUCGGACAACUUGAAAAACUAUAUAAAAACGUUUGAGGAAUGCUCCAAAGAACUCGUGAAGAAGUGGCAACACUCCACAGAACCAGAGGAGGUGUUCCAGCACGUCAGUCUCCUCACUCUGGACAUCAUAAUGCAGUGUCUAUUUGGUUUCCAUAGCAACUGCCAGAGCGGAAGCGUUCUUCACCCGUACAUUCAGGGUGUGUACGACGUGUCAGAAUUGGUUGCCAAGAGGGUCGUUAACCCUCUCUACCAUUACAAAUUCAUCUACAAAUUGUCAGGAAAUGGCAAGAGAUUUCAGGCGGCGUGUGACGCGAUCCACGAGCAUUCAGAGCGAAUCAUCCGAGAACGCCGCUCCCUCAUAGCAUCAGAGAAACCUGGGACCAGGAACAUGGAUUUUCUCGACGUUCUCCUUACUGCCAAGGACCGUGACGAUGUAAGCCUCUCGGACAAGGAGAUACGGGAUGAGGUCAACACGUUCAUAUUUGAAGGCCACGAAUCCACGGCCAGCACCAUCACAUGGUUCCUCUACAACAUGGCCAAACACCCCGAGUACCAGAACAAGUGUAGGGAGGAGAUACUGGAAGUCAUCGGGAAGGAUAAAGAAAUCACAUGGAAUAAUAUCAACAAACUUAGCUUCACGGAAAUGUGUAUAAGUGAGAGCAUGAGGCUGUACCCAGCCGUGCCUCUAAUUUCCCGGUGUUUGGGCCAAGAUACCACAUUACCCGAUGGAAGGGUCGUUCCCAAAGGAGUUGGGGUGUCUGUCUCCUUAUUUGCAGUUCACAGAGAUCCAGAGGUUUGGGAAAAUCCUCAUGAGUAUGAUCCGGAAAGGUUUCAUCCUGACAAAAGGGUGUCUUCUCUAAUCCACAUGCCAUUUUCCACUGGACCAAGAAAAUGUAUUGGUAUGCAAUUUGCCUUGACCCAGGUCAAGGUCGUUGCGUGUGAGAUCCUGCGUAACUUUCACAUUGACCUUGACCCACCACACGAGGCCACACCAGAAAGCAUUCUGUUUCUCCGCAGCAAAUCGGGAGUCUACCUAAAAUUUAUCAAAUUGCCAGUUGAAGGAGUGCCCAUUUUAUGAAAUAAAUAAUUAUGAGAACCCACUGUUCCCGUUUAAGCACGUAUUUCAUGAAACAAGAGUGUAAUAGAAUGCCGAACCGACGAUGAAAUGCAAUCAGUAUAUUCAAGUUUAGUAUGAUAAGUUAGACACUAAACAAUGGAUAUUGACUGUGAUUUAGUGCAAGUUGGUGAAUCAUGGAAAUAUAUUGUUGGCAUCGUCUCCACAACGCUUUCCAAAUAUGCUGACAUCUGUAUUUAUAUGUAACAUUGCACGACCACCAAACAACCGUGCAUAAUGCUUGUAAAUAAAAAAUACAUCAUUCUAUAUAAAUAAAAAAAUGUUGCGACAA